UUGCAGCCAUAUACGGCUUAUGUUGUAAGAGUGUGGGGGCUGCGUGCGGUUGCAAAGGCUGCAAUUAAUUGUUGAGCCAGUUCAGGCACCGAGGCUUAAAAGAUCCCGGAAGCGUUGCUUUCUGUGCUGUACUUUAAGCUGAACGCGCUAAAUCUGAAUUAGCUUUUAACCAAGUAAGGUUUGUCAUGCCUUCUGCAGCCAGCAUUCGGUCCUUGGCUUCAAAAGCCUUCUUGAUGCGUGGAAUAAUCCGACAACCUGCCUGGACGUUGCAGUCCACGUUCUGCAGCGCCACUCCGCAGACACCGGCAUCAGACGCUGCAGCGUCGGCGCCGCCGUCGCCACCGCCCCCACCGGCCGAGGAGCUUCAGAAGCAGAUCGAACAGCUCAAGGGGCAAAUCGAGGAUCUGGAUGACAAGUACAAACGCUCGCUGGCCGACCGCGAGAAUGUGCGCACCCGGCUGGAAAAGCAAGUUCAGGAUAGCAAAAUAUACGGCAUUCAGUCAUUCUGCAAGGACCUGCUCGAUGUGGCCGACAUCCUGGGUAAGGCCACAGAGAGCGUGCCGCCCGAGGAGAUCACGGACAGAAACCCGCACCUCAAGAGCCUGUUCGAGGGGCUGAAGAUGACCGAGGCGCAGCUGUUCACGGUGUUCCGGCGGCACGGAGUGGUGCAGAUCAACCCGCUGGGCGAGAAGUUCGACCCGCACCUACACGAGGCGCUGUUCGAGCAGCCGGUGGAGGGCCACCAGCCGGGCGACGUGUGCUUGGUGACCAAGCUUGGCUACCAGCUGCACGGCCGCACCAUUCGGCCCGCGCUGGUUGGCGUGGCCAAGGCGCCGCCCCAGUGAGGUGAUGCCUGGGCUCAGACCGCGGCUGGGGCGGCCCUAACUGUCGGCUUGGGUGAUCCUGACCGCGGCUGGAGCGGCCCUGACCGUGGCUGGGGCGGCCCUAACCGCGGCUUGGGUGAUCCUGACCGUGGCUGGAGCGGCCCUAACCGCGGCUUAGGUGAUCCUGACCGCGGCUGGGGCGGCCCUGAUCCCGGCUGGGGCGAGUCGGGCCGCAGCUGGGGCGGCCCUGACCGCUGGCUGGG